AUAAUCCUUUGUAUGGUACAAGCAGAAGCAGCAGGUGCUGCCUCUCAGAUGCAGCUUCUGACUGAGUCAUGCAGUGGUACGUACAGUUGGAUCAGAUGGGUGUAUAUCCAUUUGCUGGUUACGCUGGUAUUCUCAGCACAAGCAGUCCUAAGUGGCAAGAUCGUUAAGUUUUUACCUGGAUAUGAUGGUGAACUUCCUUUCAAGCUCGAGACAGGAUACAUUAGCGUUGACGAUUCAGAGUUGUUCUACUAUUUCGUGGAGUCAGAAGGGAACCCUCAGGAGGACCCUCUCUUUCUUUGGCUAACGGGUGGUCCUGGCUGUAGUUCUUUUAGUGGACUCAUUUAUGAAGCAGGUCCAAUGGAGUUUGACUUUCAAAACUUUGCUGGAGGGUUACCAAAAUUGAAAUAUUACCCCUAUAGAUGGACAAAGGCUGCUAGCAUGAUAUUUCUUGAUUCACCUGUGGGCACUGGUUUCUCCUAUGCAAGAAACCCAGAAGGUUGGCAUUCAUCGGACACAAAAUCAGUUGAACAUUCCUACCAGUUCCUCGGGAAGUGGAUGAUCGAACACCCACAAUUUCUUUCUGUCCAACUAUUUAUUGCCGGUGAUUCUUAUGCUGGCAUUCCUGUUCCAUUGAUCACUAAGAAGAUAAUAGACGGUAACAAAGACAAAGAUAAGCUGUAUCUGAAUAUCAAGGGGUACUUGAUUGGUAGCCCGUGGACUGAUUCAAGUAUUGAUACGGACUCAAAAGUUGAAUUUGCUCAUAGGACGGCACUAAUAUCGGAUGAGAUCUAUGAGAAUGCAAGAAGAAGUUGCAAAGAGGACUAUGUUAAUGUAGAUCCAGAAAAUGCUGCAUGUUCAGCAGCCCUUGGUGAUAUCCAGAUGUGCGUGAAAGAUCUGUAUGACAAGGAUAUCUUGAAACCAAACUGCGAUUUAUUUUCCCCCGAAAUUGGAGAAGACCUCGAUCGAAAAUCUCUUGAAGAAGGUGCAUCAGGGUUCCUACAGUCACAAUCAAUGAAUCCUAGAGUUUGGUGCAAUGAUUUCAUGCUUCUAUACGGUUCCAUUUGGCAUAACGAUGAUAGCGUUCAAGAGGCAUUACAUGUUCGAAAGGGGACUAUUCGGCAAUGGGAGAGAUGCAACUACAGCAUAUCAUAUACUAAAGAUGUCCCGAGUGUCGUCCCUGUUCAUAUAGAACUCAGUAGAUCGGCCUUGGAAGUACUCGUAGAGAGUGGUGAUCAUGACAUGGCUGUCCCGUACGUGGGUACGUUAAAAUGGAUAAAGUCUCUGAACUUGACCCUCGUCGACAAUUGGAGGCCAUGGUUUAUUGAUCAUCAAGUUGCCGGAUACACGAUGAAGUAUUCAGAUCAGGGAUAUCAUUUGACAUUUGCAACCGUGAAGGGCGCAGGCCACCCAGCGCCAGAAUUCUAUCGCAGAGAGUGUUAUUAUUUGUUUGACAGAUGGGUUAAUUACAGACCUAUUUAGUUUAACCACAAGCACCUUCAAGUUUGAAAUUUCAUUUUCCCCCACAUAUUGAAGACUUUAAAUAGUUAUUGUAUUCGAAACGAAGAUGUAUUAUAAGCAUGAUAUAUGUAUGGCCUGUAUAUUUCGUACCUCUUUCAGAUCCUAUUUAAAGUUGGAGCUUUGUGCACUGAUGUCAUCGUAUACCUUGUGAAAACUGGAAUUUUGGUGCAAUGCAGUUUAAUUUUUGAGCUUUAUAUCCU